AUGGGUCACUCUCGUCCACGUAUCGAUUCUCCGAAAAAGUCAUCAUUUAUUACAGUCACCUCGCUGAGACCAACCGGCGUUCGCAAGCCCAGUCCUCGAGCAAAACCAGUCGCAGAUAAGACGGUUGCACGGUCUGCGACCUGUGCCUACGCAUGGCAAGCUGCAGUUGUACUGAAGGAUGAGGAAUCGGAGGGAUCAGAUUCCUCCAGCUCAUCAGAUUCCUCCAGUUCAUCGGAUUCCUCCAGUUCAUCAGAUUCCUCCAGUUCAUCAGAUUCCUCCAGUUCAUCAGGUUCUUCCGAUUCCUCCGAUUCAUCAGAGGAUUUGAGUCCCAUCCAGCAUAGAGCGAGCAGACCGAAGGCGUCCGUUCCCCAUCCUACUCUCAAACCAAGCGCCCUCCCCGCUCCCGCUGCCCCAGCCCACACAGAAUCCGAAAUCGAAAACCUCAUGACCAUUGGCCGCAAGCAAGUUGAAAAAAAAUUGAAGGAUCGCAUCAACGAAGAGAAGGACAAGAACCGCCUGCUUGAGAAGCAGAUCACUACGUUCGAAAACUACAAGAAGUACCUUGCAAAGUUGAAAGACCUAGAGGAGGAGCUGACUGAGCUGAAGGAGGAGAAUCGCUUGAAUGAGGACACGGUGGCGGACCUUGCGGAGGACUUCCGUAAGAGCACGAUGGAGUGGGCUAAGCUGUUUGAGAAGUACGCGGGGGACUUGGGAAUCUCGGUUUUUGACAUUCGUAGAUUGGCUGAUGCGUGGUGA